GGAGGGACACCCGGGACACCCGGGAGGGGCCGGGGGGCUGCGGGGCUCUGGGAAAUGCGGGAGAGCUUGGGGCAAGGCGGCGCUGGGGCGCGCAGGGACACCGAGCGCUCUCCGGGACAGAGUCCACCGCCGGUACCGCCAUUAAAAAUCUAAUUAUAGAUAAAUCAGGGACACAGCCCGCCGUCAUGGCCUCACGGAGCUCCUGGUUUGGUAAAUGUCUGCACAACGCUUUCUUUGGAGCAACAAAUGUUUGAGUGUUGUGAGCAGGCCGCCUUUGUUUCUGUCGCGGACACCAGCAGAGGAAUUCCCAGUGGGAGGGAGGGUGGAAUCCCACUCUGCACCCGAGCACAGGGACAGGGAGAUAACGAGAAAGCGAUUCACAGAAUCCCAGGCCGGCUCGGGGUGAAAGGACCUUAAAUCCCACCUCAUCCCAGCCCUGCCAACACCUUCCAGUGGCGCAGGUGGAAUUCCAGGCGCUGUCUCCAGCCCAGGCUGGGCUUGGGUGCUGAACACAGAUUUUUCUCCCCUCUUGCUGCACCGUGGGUUGAAGAACUCAGGCGGGAUGCACUGAACGAUGCUGAGAUCCAGCAGAGGCUGAUGCUGCAGGAAGGCAGUUCAGAAAGGAAAGCUGAUGGAUUUCACCAGCACUGUCAUCGUGCCGCUGCUCUUCGGCAGCCUGGGCAUCUUCGCGCUGUUCCGGCUGCUGCAGUGGAUGCGGAUGCGAGCCUACCUGCAGGAAGCUGUGGUGGUGAUCACAGGGGCCACCUCUGGCCUGGGCAAAGAAUGUGCCAAAGCUUUCCAUGCAGCUGGCUCCAGGCUGGUGCUGUGUGGCAGGGACAGUGAGAGGCUGAAGGAGCUGGUGCAGGAGCUUUGUGCCGUGAAGAAUCACCGCAAGAACACACACGAGCCUCACACCGUGGUGUUUGACCUCUCAGACACCAAAGCUGUGGUGAAUGCUGCUGAGGAGAUCCUGAAGGCCCUGGGUCACGUGGACAUCCUGAUCAACAACGCUGGCAUCAGCUUCCGAGGCACAAUCGUGGACACAGGACUGCAUGUGGAUAAGAAAGUGAUGGAAACAAAUUACUUUGGACCUAUAGCCCUCACCAAAGCACUUCUCCCCUCCAUGAUCAAGAGGAGACAAGGCCACAUUGUGGCCAUCAGCAGCGUGCAAGGCAAAAUAAGCAUUCCUUUCAGAUCUGCAUAUGCUGCCUCUAAGCAUGCUACCCAGGCCUUCUUUGACUGUCUGCGAGCAGAGGUGGAGCAGUAUGACAUUGAAGUGACAGUUGUGAGCCCGGGGUACAUCCAGACAAACCUGUCCCUCAACGCUGUCACAGCGGAUGGAUCUCGCUAUGGAGUUAUGGACAAGACCACGGCCGAGGGACAGACGGCGGCCGAGGUGGCUCAGGUGGUUCUCAAUGCAGUGGGACAGAAGAAGAAGGAAGUGCUUGUGGCUGGCCUGACCCCCUGCCUGGCUGUCUACCUGAGGAACCUCUGCCCCAGGCUUUUCUUCACCUUAAUGGCAUCUAGAGCAAAAAAGGAGAGAAAAGUAAAGGGCUCUUAGAGCUCAGCUGCCCUGAGCAGGGAGAGGCUGAGCCCCUGCAGUCGGCUGGGACAUCACUGGAGGUACUCCUGCAGGAAAAUCCUUUCUCAAAAUGCUGUUUACCAUUGCGUGGAGACUGGGAAGUGGUUUCCCCCACACUGCUGGAAGACAGCACCUAAACCUCAGCUGGAGAAGGAAGGGUGCUUGGACAGUGGGGGAGAGCUGAGGUGCAGGGGAGGGGUCAGGGGAACACUCCCUGGCUGGCAGACUCCUCACCUCACUGCAGGCACACUCAGCUUUACUGCCUGCUACAAAUAAAACCCACCUGUUCUGCCUUCACACCAGCAGAGCUUGGCUGUCCCCACCCCUGUGAAAUACAGUCCUCAGCUGGGAGCUCUCGUGAUCAGUGUCUCAUUCCCACUCCUUCCAAUCUGAUCCAGGACAUGCUGCUUGCAGUGGGAAACUUCACAGCCUCUUCCUGUUAACGUGCCAAGUCAUCUGAUAAAUUAAGCUCAAUCCAGUGCCACUUUUAAAGAAGUAACUGAU